UUUUUGCUGACUGACCUGACUCAUGCUGACAAGAAAAAGCGAGUCAUGAGCCUACAAGAACACGAUACUCCUGAAGAAGAGGCUUCGGAUAAGAUUAUUCACAACGAACUCUUACUUGAAUCCAUCGCUCACAAUGUCGACCCUCUUCUUUUAUGUCACCUACUAAUAACUCGCUCUUCUGGUGAGAUAUUUAACAAAAAUGACAAAGAGAACGUUGAAAAAAAAGAAGACAGUUCACAAAAAGUAGACCAAAUUUUAGAUUUCUUAAAAGAGAGACUGCAUCUAAAGCCAGCCUUCCACCUUCUGGACUGCUUAAGAUGUACCUCUCUCUCUCCCUCUCUUCCUUUACCAGUCAAGAGGACGUUCCUGUGGUUCACGCCUUCACCAGAAUACGCAGCAAUGGCCGUCCACACUGUAGAGACAUCCAAUCACAAGUCGGCUGCCCUCCAGCCAUUUUUCUGGCCUCUCCGUCACUCCCCCAGCCCCCCUAAUGGCAGCUACCUCUAUCAUGUUUGUAACAUAUUCGUCUCCAUGGAUACUCAGCUUGUCUUGGUUUUUCCAGAAAGUGAGACGACCGACGAAGAGACUUGGGGCAAUAUAGUGACCAGCUGUACAGAACAAUGGAGAAACACUGAUAUAGUAAUCCUUUAUAGUGGACUCUGUGUAACUGAUAACGAACUGCCCACUAACACUCCUCAAUCUACUACUCAACCUCCUCCUCUCUCUUCGACAGCCUCAGCCAAUCUUCCUCCAAGUGCACCUGUUCCCACUCCAUUAUCUGUUUUAUCUGGUCCUCUUAUCUUUAAGACAUCUUUUUGUACUGAAGGACUGAUAAGAGAUCUCAAGUUGAAGGAGUCGAGAAGAGAAGACAGCUGGAGCAGGGAUAGUUUUGAUGAAAUAUCUGAUGAAAUUCAUCACCAUCGACAAGGCCUUUGGUUAAGACGACUCCUGCUUGAAAUUGAUAGAGUCAGGAAUGGUGACAGAUCACAAUGGCUACAAGACCUAGAGUGGGGAGAAGUGAAACCUUCUCUCACUGAAUACCAGAAAAAACUACUAGCCGACAACCUUAGUCUUUGGAAGAGCGGGGAGCUUAAAGAAUACCUAGUUACUACGAGAGAAUGGAUGAAAAAAGAUGACAGCUUGCUAGGUGUUGUUCCUUCAGCGAUUGAGAAUAGUUCGAAUAUUUUACAAAGUAUAGAACCAGCUGUUUGCCACCCAUUGCCAAUACCAAACCAGCUGACAUUUAGUGUUAAAGACGAACUACCUGCUAAUGUGCCUGUUCUAUUUAAAGGAUUACGUCCGACGUUAGUUACUUCUGCGGUACUUCCCGCCCAUCUUGCCACGCUCAAAAUGCGUUGCCUAGCAACUCGUUCCUGUUGCAAGUUGACUCUCGAGUGUUUAUCAAUGCAUAUUGAUACUUGUAAUCAACUCUGAUUCUUACUAUUUAUACUUAUUAUUGUGUUGAUUAUUAUAUUGAUUAUUAAUAAAAUUAAUUUUAAUAA